AUGGCCAUCUCUUUAUCAAACUUUCUCCUUCCACUAGCUCUUCUCCUCUCAACAGCCUAUAGUGCUACUGUCACAUAUGACUUCGACGUAGCAUGGACAUAUGCCAACCCAGACGGCCAGUACAACCGUCCGGUAAUCGGCAUCAAUGGACAAUGGCCCAUCCCUCCUAUCGUUGCGACCAAAGGCGACCAAGUCAUCGUCAACGUCAAAAACUCCUUGGGCAAUGAGAGCGCCAGUCUUCAUUUCCACGGGCUCUACAUGAAUGGCACAAACCACAUGGAUGGCCCUGUUGACGUCACUCAAUGCGGAAUCCUUCCUGGUUCGAGUUUCACGUACAACUUCACUGUCGAUCAGCCGGGCACGUACUGGUAUCAUAGCCACGUGCGUGGUCAGUAUCCCGAUGGCCUUCGUGGCCCACUUAUCGUCAAGGACCCAGAGAACCCGUUCAAAGACCAGUACGAUGAGGAGAUUGUGCUUACCUUCUCGGACUGGUAUCACCAGAGCAUGCCCAAGCUCAUGUCGGGUUUCAUCAGCAUCGCGAACCCGUCUGGAGCCGAGCCUGUUCCACAAGCUGCGUUGGUCAAUGACACGCAGAAUCUGACGGUGAACAUCGAACCGGGCAAGACAUACAUGUUCCGUAUGGUCAACAUCGGUGCUUUUGCGGCGCAGUAUGUGUGGUUUGAGGAUCACACCAUGCGUGUCGUUGAGGUAGAUGGUAUCUACACUGAGCCCAGUGAUGCGGACAUGCUGUACAUGGCCGCUGCUCAGAGGUACAGUGUCCUGGUCACUGCGAAGAACGACACGAGCUCGAACUUUGCAUUUGUCGGCUCUAUGGAUGAGGAUCUCUUCGACGUUGUCCCUGAUGGCCUGAACCCCAACGUUACAGGCUGGCUGGUCUACGACAACAGCAAGCCCAAGCCGGAAGCGAAGACAGUCGACUCCUUUGACGCUCAAUUCGAUGACUUCACCCUCGUCCCUUACGACAAAGAAGCCAUCUACACCAACGUCUCGCAGUCCAUCACGCUCGACAUGAAAAUGGACAAUCUCAACGACGGCGCAAACUACGCCUUCUUCAACGACAUCACCUACGUCGCGCCCAAGGUGCCCACUCUUUAUACGGCGUUAUCGACCGGCACUAACGCCACCAACCCCAUUAUCUACGGCACCAACACCAACUCCUUCGUGCUCGCGCAAAACCAAGUCGUCGAGAUCAUCCUGAACAAUGACGAUCCCGGCAAGCACCCCUUCCACCUGCACGGCCACGCAUUCCAAGUCGUGGCCCGCUCAGAUGAAGAAGCAGGCUUCUUCGACGCCAACAAUAGCACCCAGACAGCCUUCGCGCCCGUCCCGAUGCGCCGCGAUACCGUCCUGGUGCGGCCCAACGGAUACAUUGUGCUGCGCUUUCAGUCCGAUAACCCGGGCAUCUGGCUGUUCCACUGCCAUCUGGAGUGGCACAUGGCGUCCGGGCUGGCGAUCACGCUAGUCGAGGCACCGCUCACGCUGCAGCAGCAGUUGGGCGGUAAGAUCCCGCAGGACCACUGGGAUGUGUGUGCCAAGGGUAGUGUACCUGUGAGUGGUAAUGCGGCGGGGAACACGGUGGAUUUGCUGGAUUUGAGCGGUGAGAAUAAGAGCCCUGGGUAUCUGCCGGCGGGCUUCACAGCGCGCGGGAUUGUCGCGCUGGUGUUUAGUUGUCUUAGUGCGUUUUUGGGCAUGGCUGUUAUUGGGUGGUAUGGACUGAAGCCUGUUGGCGAGAAGAGGACGGGAUAG